AUGACUGUAACCGCCCGAGCUGUUGUCCCUGUCACUGCGGCACUGCCUGAUAAUGUCCAAGCUACCUACUUCCCACCCCCAACGCCCCCGCCAUCCUCACCAUCCUCACCGCCGCCGUCACCAUCGGCCCCACCGCCACCGUUGCCUCCGUCGCCGCCGCCACCGCCGCCACCGCCACCGCCGCCAUUCAGCCCGCUGCCGCCGCCAGCAUUGCCGCCUUUGCCACCGCCACCGUCGCCUCCACCACCCCCCUUCCCCUUCAGCCCCGAGCCAUCACCGCCGUCACCACCAUCCCCCUUCUCUCCCAGACCUGAGCCGCCACCAGCGCCGCCACCGCCAUCAGCUUCCCUACCGCUCCCGCCGCCGCCUCCACGAAACCGCGAUAUUCUGCCGUCGCCGCCGUCCGCUCCACCGGCGGCGGCUGAGUUCGAAGCAGCGUCACGGCUGCCACCACCAUCUGCUCCUUGCCUGACGUUUCUGGAGGGAGUUGUGAUCCACGACCGGAAUGGCGACGGCGCGUAUGAUCCCAGCACCGAUGAGCAACUGGCCGGCGUCGCGCUCGAUGUCAGCAACGGCGCAGUCGACCGAAGCGUUACGACGGACUCCAACGGCUAUUACAGCCAGGAUCUGGAGCAAGCUGGACAGUGGACCGUCACGAUUGACACCAGCACAUUGGGCAACAACAGCUUUCGGCCUCGCGGAGCCAACCCCACGACUGUGUCACCCAAGUGCGGUGUCACUACUCUUGUUGACGCCUUCUACUUGCCUUCCUAUCUCACCGGAAGGCUGUACGAGGUGUCGAGCAAGAGCUGUGCGUUGGGGGGCACCAUCUUUGAGGACAAAAACGACAACCAGAGGUUCGACGCCGGUUUUGACGCGUACCUUGAGGGCGUAACUGUCCUCCUGAGCUCAGGGGACGCCGGGCUUGAGUACUCCACAGUGACGGAUGCGGCUGGGCGCUACCGCCAAGAAGUUCCCGCGGGAAAAUGGGUGAUCACCAUCGUCACAAGCACGCUGGGCAACGAUCAGUUGGAGCAAACGUUGGGCUCAAACCCCACGGCUGUGGAAGUUUGCGCCGCCAGCGAGUCGAAUCUCGCGGGUGUGUCGGUGAUCGUUAGGAGCGUCCCAGACCUCACGAGCGGCAGCGGCAGCAGCGCGCCAACGACGGUCGUUCUCACCACGGACAGCAACGGAAGCUACGCGCAGGAGGUGACCCCUGGAAAUUGGACCGUCGCCAUCCAGACAAGCAUCCUUAGCCAGAGCGGACUGGUGCAAACGCUGGGAAAUAACCCUACGAGAGUGUUUGUGCCGUAUGGCGGCGUCGGCAGCGACCAAGAUGGCUUCUUGCGGCCCCAGAUCGACGAAGCUGUCAACAUUGACGCGUUUGCGAUCCCUUCAUACCUCGAAGGGGUGGUCUUCCACGACGUGGCUGGCAAUGGAGCGUACGAUCCCGGCUUCGACAGGUACCUUGUUGGCGUGUCUGUGACCGCGUCGCGCGGUACCACCACUUUGGAGAUGGCCACAGACGUCAGCGGCUACUAUCAGUUCCGCGUUGCACCUGGGGACUGGACUGUCAGUAUAGACACCGGCACGCUGGGGAACAGUCAAUUUCGACAGGUCAUGGCAACUCAUCCACGCGUCGGAUCGUUAGGCUCCGGCACCAACCCCACCACGGUCCAAGUCCCGUACGGCAGCAGCGGCAGCGACGUGAAAGGGUACACCCUUGCACCGCCGAGGGAGGAUCCGCCUGCCCCACCCCUUGCCACGGCCGGUAGAGAUCCACACCUGAUCUUUGCGCACGGCGGACGCGCCGACUUUAGAGGGCGUGACGGCGCUUACUACUCCGUCUUCUCGGCGCCCGGCUUGGCUUUGAACAUACGGACGGAGCAAGCCACGUUCCGGAUCGGCUCAGUGACCGUCGACGGAUCGUUCAUAACGGAGACCCAUUUGGUGGCUCGUGUUGGACCGCGCCGCAACAGGCUGGCGACGGCCUCCUUCUGGGCGCGCGAGCUGAACAAGGAGAACUGGGGCUGGAGGGUGAUAAACGGCACGUGUGCCGGUCGCGCCUUCAGAUUCGGAGCGCGCGGCUCGAAGCGUUGCUUUGACUUUGCCCUGGCAAUGGGCCAUUCGAGCGCAACCUUUACCCUUCGCAACUGGAGCUUCUCUGUGCACGGCAACCACGUCUACGACCGCAUCAGCGGUCCGCAGCACAGGCUGGAUAUUGGCUUUAGCGCGAAGGGCGAUGCCGCAGCCCGCUCUUUGCCCCACGGGCUCGUCGGCCAGUCCUACUCCUCCAUGAUGCCCCGCCACGGCGCGGUGGACGAGUACCCUUCGAUGGGCCACUUCAAGACAUCGUCGAUGGCGGAGGGCGCCAUUGAGGGGGUCGGAGCACAGUACGAGUUGGGGGCGCCAUACGAGACGCGGUUCGCCUUUUCGCGAUUCGACGAAGCGGACGCGGUGCUCUCCAACUUUGGCGGCGCGGAGCGGCUCGAGAAGCUGUCGUCGCUGCUGCGCGCCCUCGAGGCCAGAAGCGUCAAACUGUACGUGGUGUCGUGCGGCGUUCGCGAAGCCAUCGUGCCCCAUCUCGCCACCGUUGGCCUGCUGCCGUUUUUUGAGCGCGUCUACGGCCGCGAGUGUCCUGAGAGCGUGGCCGUCGCCGGAGUCAAAGGCGCGCUAAUCGGUGGCCUCCUCGCACCCCACGGCUGGCGCAAGGAGGAGACGCUGCUGGUCGACGACUGCCUCGAGCACAUUCGCGGCGCGAGCGCCGUCUGCGAGACUCUGCACUGCGACCGGCGCGGGCUUCAGGCGCACGAGAUGAGCCACAUCCGCGGGCUGGCCGACGGCGGCGGCGGCGCUGGUGGCAGCGGCGCGAUGGCGGUGCCUUGGCUCUGCCGCGGCCGCCCGACGCCCUUCCCACGCUGCAUCUACUGCGCAGUCGACGCGCCUCCCUUUCCCCUCUCGCCGCCGGCGGAGUGGCUGGCGCGCGGCUUCAGCUGGACGGAGGCGCACCAGGCGGCCUUCGACGCGCAGGGCUUCCUGUGCCUGCCUCGCUUCCUCUCCCGGCCGGCGCUCGACUACUUGCGCGCCGCGUUCGACUUCACCCUCGCCCACCGCAGCGACGCCGUCCACCCCGAGUGGCUCCUUGGGCUGCACGAGGCCGCAGAGGGGGUGUGCGGCGCGCACGGAGGCUGCAACUGGAUGUGGGAGCUGGCGACGCAGCCGGCCCUCCUCGACAUGCUCCGGAGGCACGUCGGCCCCGACGUCGUCCUCUUCUCGACCCAACUCGCGUUCAAGCCCCCCGCGUGCGACGGCGGCGGCGAGGCGGUCCCGUGGCACGUGGACGGCGACGGGCGGUGCCGCACGGUCUGGCUGCCGCUCGACGAUGUGGACGAGGGGAGCGGCGGGCUGAUGGUGCUCCCUGGCAGGCACGCCGCCGGCCGCGCCCCCUUCCGCCGGCUGCGCACCGCCUCCGACGUCGCAACCUUCCGCUUCUACCACAAGUACUCGCUGUACGAGGUCGACGUCUCGCAGGCGCAGCGCCGGCCGUGGGCGGUGCGCAAGUCGCGACGGCGGCGGCGGGCACCGACGGCGGCGGCGGGCGGGCGGGCUGAUCCGGCGGCACCGGCGCCAGUCGCGUACGAGAUGCCCGCGGGCGGUUUGUCGCUGCACCACCCGCUGCUGCCGCACUGCUCGGGGCCGAACCGGUCGAGCCGGCCGAGGCGGGUAAUCAUCAUGCGCUUCCAGUCGCGCACAGAGCCGCUCGAGGCGGAGGGGCUGGUGAGGGAGCCGUGCACCGGGGUCAGCUAUGAGAAGCGGUCGUACCAGCUGUGA